CGUGCGCAAAUCGCCGGGGCUGUGGAAGCAGCGGUAGCCAUCUUGUGAGCGUCGGGUGAUUGUUUGAGAAACGCUCUCGACGAGCCAGUGUUUUUAACACGGUAGUACCAGUUAUUGUCAUCGUAAAGCUCCGAUAGCCAAAAAGCCGGCAUGGGUGAUUAUCAAGUAGCGGGAGUUCAACAGGAUGCUCUCGGGGCUGUCCAACUAGAGCUCGGUGGAAAUCCAAAUGCUCUGGCAUUGCGUCGGCCUUUUGACCCUCUGGCCCACGACUUGGAAGCGAGUUUCCGACUGACGCGUUUUGCCGACUUAAAAGGCCGUGGCUGCAAGGUGCCCCAAGAGGUCCUCAACAAACUUGUGGAGGGGCUUCAGCAGGACUACAACACCGCUGCCGAUCAUGAACAUGCCCAUUUCAUGCACUUGGCCAUUCCGAGAAUUGGUAUUGGUUUGGAUUGCUCGGUGACACCCGUUCGUCAUGGAGGUUUAUGUUUGGUUCAGACAACUGACUUCUUUUAUCCCUUAGUAGAUGAUCCUUACAUGAUGGGAAAAAUAGCUUGUGCCAAUGUUUUGAGCGACUUAUACGCGAUGGGAGUGACUGAAUGCGACAAUAUGCUUAUGCUACUAGGAGUCAGUACCAAGAUGACAGAAAAAGAACGUGAUGUAGUUAUUCCAUUAAUAAUGCGAGGAUUCAAAGACUCAGCGCUUGAAGCAGGCACAACUGUCACAGGCGGACAGACUGUGGUAAAUCCGUGGUGUACAAUAGGUGGUGUUGCAACGACCGUCUGUCAACCGAACGAAUAUAUCGUACCCGAUAACGCCGUCGUUGGAGACGUACUCGUUCUAACAAAACCACUAGGCACACAGGUUGCUGUAAAUGCACAUCAGUGGUUAGAUCAGCCGGAGCGCUGGAAUCGUAUUAAAUUAGUUGUAAGUGAAGAAGAUGUUCGCAAAGCGUAUCAUCGUGCAAUGGACUCUAUGGCUCGUUUAAAUCGCAUCGCGAGCCGCCUGAUGCAUAAAUAUAAUGCUCACGGUGCUACAGAUGUCACAGGAUUUGGUCUCUUAGGACACGCACAAACUUUAGCGUCUCACCAAAAGAAUGAAGUUUCGUUCGUUAUACAUAACUUGCCGGUAAUUGCUAAAAUGGCCGCUGUCGCUAAAGCUUGUGGCAAUAUGUUCCAAUUGUUGCAAGGCCACUCCGCGGAAACUUCUGGAGGGCUUUUAAUUUGUUUACCUCGCGAACAGGCAGCUGCCUACUGUAAAGACAUAGAAAAGCAAGAAGGUUACCAAGCUUGGAUUAUCGGUAUUGUGGAAAAAGGCAACCGAACUGCGAGAAUUAUUGAUAAACCUCGGGUUAUUGAAGUACCAGCUAAAGAAUAAAUACAUUUCAAUAUUCCAAGUAUUUGCUGUUUAUGACUAGCUGUUAAUUUUAUAACUGCUUUAGUCAUAACCCUUUACAGUAACAGUUUCAGCUUUUUAUAAUUAUAAGUUUUGAGUUUUUAAAGAAAUUGGUCGAAAUUUGCGUGGUUUUUAACUCUGAAAUUUUGUUGAUUACUGCUACCUUAUAGCUUGUAGUUAAAAUAUGUUUAAGCAGUUUAAUUGAUUUCAGCUUUUGUUACAGAUUUAAAAUGUUUAGUGAUGCAUUUUCCACUAGAAAUAAUCUCAUAUUCUCGUUAAUAGUCUUAGAUUAUAUCUUAUCUGUAUAAUAUUUCAUUUCGUAUUUAUGUUUCUGUCAAAUUUUAGAAUUAGGUAAAGUCAUAUUGGUAUUUUGUAUAAUAAUUUUUCAGAUAAUUAAGAAUUCUGCUGAGAAA